AAAGAAGAAUGACCCCUAUUUACUAAUCACUUUUACUGUUCUUCCUACCUGAUACUUUUGCUCAUAACUCCUAGAAGAAAAUCAAUAAUUACCAAUUCAUAAGAAAUUUCAGUUUCUACAUCAUAUAUGGCAUGAGACUAAUAUGCCCGUUUCAUUCAAAUUUUGAGCUCCUUCUGAUAGGUCCUGAAAGUAUGAGUGGUAGAAGUUGGAAGUUCAGUCAUUUUGCAGGUGGAAAUUCCUGAAGUCUCUGACACAUUGCAUUGAUCAUCAUUUCCUGCAGAAAACCAUGAAGCUCAAGUCCUCCAUUGGUGAACUUAUCUUCCUUUUCCCUAUACUCCCUUUCUUGUUUUCCUCAGUCAUUGCUGACCUUAACUCUGAUAAAGAAGCCCUCCUUGAAUUUGCUGCCAAUGUCUUUCAUACACAAAAACUCAACUGGAAUAGUUCUACACCAGUUUGCUCCUCUUGGGUUGGAAUCACUUGCAAUAUAAACCAAACCAGUGUGAUUGAUAUCCAUCUUCCUGCCAUUGGACUCUUUGGCUCAAUCCCAAACAACACCAUUGGAAAGCUUGAUGCUCUUAGAGUCCUUAGUCUCCACUCCAAUUUCCUCUAUGGAACUCUUCCUUCUGAUGUUCUGUCCAUUCCUUCAUUGAAAUUUCUUUACCUCCAAAACAACAACUUCUCUGGUGCCAUUCCUGCUUCUCUCUCCCCCAAUCUCAUUGUAUUAGAGUUAUCCUUCAACUCCUUAUCUGGGAUCAUUCCAACCAUCAUUUAUAACCUGACAAGGCUUGCAGAGUUGAGUCUUCAAAACAAUUCCAUCUCUGGUGCCAUCCCCAAUCUGAACCUGACAGAGCUUAAGCUUUUGAAUUUGAGCUAUAACAACUUGAAUGGCUCAAUUCCAUAUUCCCUCCAAAAGUACCCUCGUUCCUCAUUUCUUGGGAAUUCUCUCUUAUGUGGGAAACCUCUAAACCAUUGUUCUAAAAUCUCAUCCUCUUCACCUUCUCCUUCCCCUAUUUACUUGCCUGCAGCCUCACCAGUAGUCCUGGAAAAUCGAAAUGCUACCCCUGCCAAAAAGUUACUUGGCCUAGGUUCAAUCAUUGCUUUGGGAGCUUCUGUUUUGUUUGUUUUGGUCAUCAUGGUCAUCUUAUGCUGUUUGAAAAGGACUAGCAAGGGAGGCAGUAGCAUGUUGAAAGGGAAGAGUGGUGCCUCUAGUGAUGAAAAGACUGAUCAGAAGUCUAUAAGUUUCGGGAGUGGAGUGCAAGCAGCAGCAAAGAACAAGCUGUUCUUCUUCGAAGGAUGCAAUUACAAUUUCGAUCUUGAGGAUCUACUGAGGGCAUCAGCUGAAGUUCUUGGAAAAGGAAGUUAUGGGACAACCUACAAGGCUGUUUUGGAUGAGGAAACAACUGUUGUAGUGAAAAGGUUAAAGGAAAUUGUUGUGGGUAAGAGGGAGUUUGAGCAGCAUAUGGAGGUUGUGGAGAGGGUUGGGAAGCACCCAAAUGUUGUGCCUCCUCGCGCUUAUUAUUAUUCUAGAGAUGAGAAGCUUUUGGUCUACAACUACAUGCCAGCAGGAAGCUUGUUUGCUCACUUGCAUGGAAGCAGGGAUGCUGGAAGAUCCCCGCUUGAUUGGGAUUCAAGACUAAAGAUCUCUCUUGGAAUUGCGAGGGCAAUUGCUCACAUUCAUUCUGAGGGUGGUCUUAAAUGCGUCCAUGGUAACAUAAAGUCCACAAAUGUCCUCCUAACCGAAGACCUUGAGGCUUGCAUCUCAGAUGUUGGGUUGACUCCUCUAAUGAACUUCCCUGUGGUUGCAUCCAUGUCACGAAGAGCUACUGGUUAUCUUGCACCAGAGGCAAUUGACAUGCGCAAAAUGUCCCACAAAUCAGAUGUUUACAGCUUUGGUGUGCUCCUACUCGAAAUGCUGACAGGGAAAACCACACUUCAACAUGCAGGGCAUUAUGAUAAUGUAGUGGUUGAUCUCCCAAGGUGGGUGAAAUCUGUUGUUCGUGAGGAAUGGACUGCUGAGGUUUUUGAUUUGGAGUUGCUUAGACAACAAGGCAUUGAAGAAGAGAUGGUGCAGAUGCUGCAGAUUGCAUUGGCAUGUGUAGCAAAGCUACCUGAGUCACGCCCCAAGAUGGAUGAAGUUGUGAGAAUGCUAGAGGAAUUUCGGCAAUCUGACACUAGGACUAGGCCUUCCUCUGAGUCUGAGCUUGAUGUGCAAAGUACCCCAUGAAAGCUUUAGUUUCUUUUGUUUGGAAUGGAAAGUAGCAACUUCAUAUGCAUGUAUGCAAUUUGGAAAUAAUGUUCAAUGCUAUUGUUUUCAGUGUGUCACAGUUUCUAGGA